GAUUUUGGUAGAUUCCUGGUGUUCUUCAAAAUUACCCCCAAUUAUCUUAGGGCUUCUUCUAGGUUUCCCGCGACAAUAUUUAAGCUGAAGGUCAAAACACUGCCACAAAUCCGUCCGCAAUGCUCGCCGGUCUUCUAACCAGGAAAGCAAAACUCCACGACGAACUUCGGACGAUCGAGAAGCAGGAAACAAGCACCAGCAAGGACAUCUCUCGUUGUCAUUGAAGUGUUUGUGAAUAUAAUUUGUGAGAGGUGGGUUCGAUUGGUUUCUGCUUGAUGAACCUUGUUUUUGUGCCUAAGCCUUGUGGCUUAUUCAUCUCACAUUGCUACUCUACUCUUUUCGGGCGUGAUCUUUAUCCAUCUCAGCGUCUCCUCCAUAUUCUUCAGCACGCCGUCAAUCAACAAUCUCAGAAGUUCAUCCGCGAAUCUCAUGCUCAGGUUAUUACUCAUGGGUUGGAACAAAAUAAUUUCUUGAUAACUAAACUUAUCUCUGCGUACUCAACUUGUGGUGACCUUAAUGAGUCAACUCUCAUAUUUGACUUGGUUUCAACUAGGACUGUUUGCAUAUGGAACUCCUUGAUUAAUGGGUAUGUUAAGAAUUGUGUGUUCCAUGGGGCAUUUCAUCGUUUUAAUGAAAUGCAGCAAUGCGACAUAGUGCCGGAUGACUUUACACUAUCCACAUUGGCAAAAGCAUCCAGCGAGCUUAGGAAUGUGACUGUCGGGAAAUCGAUUCAUGGGAAGAUUGUUCGACUUGGGUUCAUAUUUGACAUUGUUGUUGCUAAUUCCCUCAUAUCUAUGUAUUUCAAGUAUGGGGAGUGCAAAGAAUCCUUAAAGCUAUUUGAUGAAAUGCCAGAAAGAAAUUCUGGUUCAUGGAAUGUCCUGUUGGCUGGCUAUGCAAGUUCUAAUGAUUGUUUCUAUGUUAAAGAAGCGUGGGACAUUGUUGUUAGAAGCAUGCAGAUAGAUGGAGUAAAACCCGAUGCGUUUACUAUUUCGAGUCUUCUGCCUUUGUGUGGCAAUCCCAUUGGGAAAUUGAAUUAUGGGAAAGAGCUCCAUUGUUAUAUAGUGAAGAACGAAUUGGAUCUUGAUUUUGGUUCAAAUGUUCAUCUCGGUUGCGGCUUGAUUGAUAUGUACUCGAGGGACAAUAAGAUCACUGCUUCUAGGCAUGUAUUUGACCAAAUCAAGCGUAGAAAUAUUUAUGUUUGGACAGCAAUGGUAAGAGGUUAUGUACAAAAUAAAGAUCCAGAUAAGGCAUUGAUUCUUUUCCAGGAAAUGCAGAUGAGAGAUGGGAUAUUACCAAAUAGAAUAUCCCUUAUUAGUCUUCUCCCGGCUUGUAAUUCACUUGCUGGAUUAAUGAAUGGAAAACAAAUCCAUGGUUUUGCCAUCAGAAAAGGAUUCAAUGAUGAUGCAUCUUUGUGUAAUGCUCUAAUUGAUAUGUAUUCAAAAUGUGGUAGCUUGGAGAAGGCAAGAAAAGUGUUUGAAUCUGAUUCCUUUCAUAAAGAUACAAUCUCUUGGACUACAUUAAUUUCUGCUUAUGGGUUACACGGACAGGGCAAGGAAUCCAUAAGGUUGUAUAACGAUAUGAUCAAGCUCGGUAUCAAGCCAGAUCAGAUAGCUGUAGUCGGAGUUUUAUCCGCUUGUAGUCGGUCUGGUUUAAUAAAGGAAGGUCUCCAAUUAUACAGCACUGCAGUUCAGGACUAUAGAGUCGAACCAACUGCCGAGAUCUGUGCUGUUAUAGUUGACAUGUUGGGCAAUAUGGGCGAGCUCGAACAAGCAUUGAAUUUUAUCAAAACAAUGCCAUUAGAACCCGGUCCCAGCGUCUGGGGAGCCCUUGUUUCUGCUUCUAUAAGAUACAAGGACUACAAGAUGUUGGAAUUGGCUUACAGAUCUCUUAUUGAGUUAGAACCGGAAAAUCCUUCUAAUUUCAUCUCACUGUCAAAUUUGUAUGCUUCUGCUAGCAGAUGGGAUCUGGUAGCUGAGCUUAGACACACCAUGAAGGAAAGAGGUCUGAGGAAGUCUCCUGGUUGUAGUUGGAUUAACAUUAAUACAAAGACCCAUUGUUUUCAUGUUGCUGAUAAAGCACAUCCAAGUUCCAAGUUGAUUUAUGAAGUUUUAGAUCAUGUUUUCAGUACAAUGAAUGAACCUAUUUCUGAUGAUUUAGAGUAUUGGAUCUAAUUACUGGGGUAUUUGGUCUUU